UAGACACCUUCCCCAAUUCGCAAUCAGUGGAGAGACUCGCAAUGGAGUCGGAGGAGGCGACGAUGGUGUUCGUGUACGGCACCCUGAAGCGCGGCUUCCCCAACCACCCUCUUCUUGCUGGCGCUGCGGCCUCGUUCGCUGGCAACGCCUCCACCUCUGCCCCAGCCUCGCUUGUCAUCGGCCCCUAUUCUGUCCCCUUCCUCCUCCCCAGCCCCAGGAUUGCAUCAUCUGGCCCUGGCAGCCAUCGCGUCUCCGGCGAGCUCUACGCCGUCUCCCCCCACGCCCUGGUCGACCUCGACACCCUCGAGGGCACACACCUCGGCGUGUAUGAGCGGCGCAGGAUCACUGUCCUAGUUGAGGGAGGAGGAGGAGGGAGGGAGGUGGAGGCGGAGGCCUAUUUGGCGAACACAAGCUAUGCGGAGGCCCUGUGGCUACGCUGCGGUGGCGAGGCGGCUGAGAUUGGGGACUAUACCAUGGACCACGCCGCCAGGAAAAGGAAACCAUAUGCCACAUCCUUCUGUGACCCUAAACCCUCCUUGCAAAUACCCGGUGCAAUACAUGCUCACUAGGAUGCUGAUUUUACCUUGGAAUGGCACUUGAUCAGCCCCCGUGCCCCGUCAGCCAACAAAGCUAUUGAUAAAAUCAGAGGGGCAUUUCUUUGGAGAGGAAGGAAAGAGUUAAAUGGUAGCCACUAUCUGAAAACUUGGCGGUUGGCGCAAGGUUUGUCGCCCUCGAGAGUUUGGAUAAAGGAUAUGGCUCCUGCGUCAAUAUUAUGCAUCGGUGCCUAAACAAAGAGCCAACAAAACGUACUGUACGUGAUCCUAGUACCUAAGGUACUAAAAAAUACUAAAAUUUAUAUAGAAAAAUACAGUUUCUCAUAAUAUCUUCUCAAGUACUAUAAAAUAGCUCAUUGGAUAUUCAAGGCGUGCUUUUGGUCACUGCCCUAUAGAUGACUAUCUUG